AUGGGGGGCGGGAGGCCCCGGGGCCCGGAGGGCGAGUCCCCCGCGGCGGCGCCUGGCUGCCGGCCGGCGCGCACAAUCGGCGUGCUCCCGGCGGGCGAGGGGCGGCGGAGACGCUGCCUGCAAGCGUGGCGUGGUCUGUGCGCGCUCCGGUGGUGGCUGAGCCUCAGCGACUGCUCGAAAGCAGCGGAGAAAAGCGCCGCAGUGCCGCUGCCCGUGGAGGCGGCGGCGGCGGCUGCAGAAGACGCCCACUGGCGGAGCCAAGGCGCCCCACGCCGCAGCCGCCCGCGCCCACGCAGCGCGCCCCGCAGCUACUUGGCCCCCCGGCGCCAGGUCCCACGCCCCGGCGGCUCCCGGCGUCCAGGGUGCGCCCCAGGCCCGGGCGGGAGGACCGAGCCACGCCUGGGUCUCUGCGAGGCGUCCUCACAUCUGGGCCUGGUGUUACAGAUUCGUGAAACCCGCCGCCCUGCAGCUGCUCCAGCUGUGCACCGCCGGGCGAGCCCUGUCGGCCAGUCCCCUGCCCGAGCCCGGGCACCCUCCCGCCGGCCGGCCCGCAGCUCCAACCGAACUGUGCUCACAACUCCCAGGAGAGUGGCAACUCAGACGUUGGGUUGGAAUUUCUAUCAAGGCUCACUGUUUCCAGUAAACUAG